CGGGGUGCUCCCCAAGCCCCAUCGCCAUAACAUCCUUCCAAACCUCCACGUAAACAACCAUGGGCCAAACCACCCCCCAAGACACACCAAGACCUCCCCAUUUCAACCUUAUGGGCCUCCCAACCGAACUCCACAUCCACAUAUCCUCAUACCUCCCCUACCCCGACGCCCUAGCCUUGAAGCACACCUCCCGCCACUUCUAUUCGUUCGUCUACACCGGCGUCCACCUAAAAGUCGACUGGCUGGUCGAACGCUUCGAACAAAAACUAGAGUGUCCGAUGGAGAAGUGCUCUUUUCGAACCGACGAGGCAUUCUGUAACCAGCGGAUUCGGAAAAUCAUGGAGCGCAGACGUCGACAUCUUGAAUGUCCCCGGAAGACGGGCGCGUGUCUUGUUAUUGAUGGCAGGACUUGCCAGAUGGAUUUGGUGCCGACGUGGUUGAAAAGGAAGGGUCGUGUGGAGGUUGUUAAGUCGGUUGGGAGUGAGGUGUUGAUUCAUGGGCUGAUUUUUCUGGCGCUGAAUUUGCUGUGGCAUUUAAUGACGACGGUUUUACAGUUUGAUAGAGAACGUUAAUUAGCGCUUGGUCCAGGCUUACAUUCAUCCUUCUAGUAUUUGGGUAUGAGGUGUAUAUUCUGGUGGACCUCAUUUUGGAGAUAUAUUUGCGAUCAUAAAGGUUACCGGGUCGAAAUUUUGGGGCGCACUCGAUCGGACUGAACUGGCUGCUCUUUGUUUUCGCGCUCUUCAGUCUGCACGUUUUGCG